UUCGAUUGCGGUUCCGGACGGACAGUCGGAGUUAAUUUGAACAGCGGUUUGCCAUUCAGUUGAUACCUGGCGGGCGUACUGGUAGGACGGGCACCAAGCUUCCAAAUUGUGCAAGAGAUCAUCUCUUCCUGACCUCUGCCUGUGAAGUUUGAUCACCUGUUUUUCUGCUAUCCAUUCCUGUUUCUGGUUCUCUUUGUUCCUCGACAUACAGACGGUUUCAACGAGCAACUUUGACUGUGAAUGUAUCCGGCUCUAAUUGGCUAGUGCGCUGGUGUGGAAGUGGAACAAUAACCACCAGAAAUUGUGAACUAAUUAUAAGUAACAGAUUGAUGAGCUCCUGCAGUUAUCCUUGCUCCGCAAAAUACCGCACAUUGGUCGUGAAUCGCGUUUGAAGAUCGAAGCGCUAUCCAACCUACGUCAAUCCAACCGAGGUGCUGCUAAUUGAAGAAUUAAAUCCAGUGUUUUGUGCGCUUAUCGUGAUUUUCAAAACUGGGAGGAAAAUUUAUUUUGCUGUUUUGCGAAUGAAUCACACACAGAUACCCGAAAAGUGUUGCUGAAACGAACUUUUCAGCGAGGGCAGAGAAACCGGAGAAAUUGCUCUCUUGAAAGCAUUUCGAUUGUUAGCAGCUAAUUAAAGUGUUAAAAUUGCUGUUUUCGAGUGCCGAACAUUUUCAUCGACGUUUUCUCCGAACGUAAAUACUGUGUUUGUUCCUCUGAAUAUACAAUAAGAAUAGGUUGAAACAAGAUGGAAUACCGGUGGAUCUACUCUAGGGUUCAGAUAUGUGUACUCGUACUCACUUGCAUUCAAAUCACCCGAGCUGCACAGGCCUUAUGGCCAAACCUUGCGACAGAGAAAUGUUCUAGCAGUGGGAACUUAAAGUACAUAUCAGGAAACGCUCUCACGGACAGUUCUAAUUGCAUAGGACCGAACAAUGCACCAUAUCCAGCCAGUGUAGUUUCGCGGACAUUCUCCAGUUGGAGCCCGAGUGGAUCCUCAAGGCGUGGCCGCAUGAGUCAGCCCCCGACAGUGGAUCCCAAGUUGAUGCAGCGAACGUUGCUGCAAGUGUACGGUGAUGCCAAUGAGGUGCACCAGCAGGAAGAUGCGCGCACUCGAUACAGUCGCUCGUUGGACAGCACACCGCAGUGCCGCAGUGACACACCGACCAGACUGUGCAAAACGCGCUACAACACCACCGCUCCGAUGUAUGGCGUGAGUCUUACUUCCGGCCAGCCCGUCACGAUUGUGCAAAAAUUUCCCGAUCUCCUGCAACAGGUCGUCUUCGAAGUAUGCGAAUCAUCCGAAUGCGACGUGGUCCGGGGUGAAUGUACCCAAACGUACGUUCCAUAUCUAUUCCUGGUGAUUCCACUGGGUCCCGUGACACUCACCGGACAGGAUUACGUGCUGGUGGAGAGUGGAUGUGUGUGCAAGCCAAAGUAUGUUGCCGAGAAGCCACGUGAAACAGGUGGGAACUUCAUACCGUGAAUGUCGACACACGGGAAGAGACGAUGGCCAACCAACAGAACAGAAGAUUGAGAUUUAAUUCAGAGUGCUUAAACUGAGGAAACUAACUUGCUCCGAGUGUACAUUGAAGUGAUGCUAUUUUUAUGAUGCGGUUUGCUGAAACCGUUUCUGUUUGUGGCGCAAGUUGUACUUCUUGCAGAGGAAAUGAAAACAAGUGGAUGAAAAAGAUAGACAACGGUUCGAUCAUCUUAGCGAUCUGGAGCCGAUAGUUCAAAUACGAAUCGAAUGGGAAGAGCGCUACAAAAUGGCGUUUAUGCCCAUAGCUUUAAGAUUUAUUUACUUUACUGGAUAAAUUACUGUUAAUUAGGGUCCAGCAUCCGGAUAUAUGUGUAACUGAAGUUUUCUUGUAAAUAUGUUUUGCUUUUUGUCCUAUAGUAUUAACCAUGUUAACGUGCAUUUGAUCCAUUGAACAGUGAGAACAUUGAAUCCAACUAGUUGCAUUGCUAAAUAUUCAGACUUUGCUUGUGUCUUAGGAAAUAUAAUGGAUCCAACUGUUUUCACUAUCUAUUAUACUUAAUUAUUGUACAUGCGAGAAUGGACUAAAUUUAAUAAAUUAUUUAUUUUUAACAAAUAAA